GGCGUGGGUCGCCCGUGACACCAGACAACAGCUGCGGUUCUGUGCGCGCCGCGGUGCAGCGCCUCGGGCCCGGCGGAGGGAGCGUGGGCGGCAUCCGCCAGCGAUUGUGAUAUGGGGACUGAGAAAAAGGAGGGACUUCCCAAGGAAGAAACUUCUGAAGACUCCAAGCCACAUGGGCAAACAGUAGAAAAACUUGCACAGGAGGUUUGCCAUGGCCAUGAGUUUGGAGAAGCAAGCGAGGAAGACAUGUCAGAGGGACAUUUGAGAGAGUCCUCGAAAGAGAUUAUAGAAAAAAGGUAUCCUCAGGAGAGACACUUUGCAUCUGGGUUACUUAUCUUCAAGAAGUCGUCCUCAGGUGAGAAAACCAGUGAGAAUCCGAGAGGCUUUAAUCCUAACCCUAGUGUAUUGUGUCAUGGAGGUGCUGAGAGGGCCAGCGCAUGUGCUGCCUCUGGCCACAACUGCCUGGGGAGUAUAGAGCUUACUAAAGCUCAGGGGCCUCCUGUGGGAGAGAAGCCUCACACGUGUAAAGAGUGCGGGAAAGCUUUUAAUCAGAACUCACAUCUCAUCCAGCAUAUGAGAGUCCAUAGCGGAGAAAAACCCUUCGAAUGCAAAGAGUGUGGAAAGACCUUCGGGACUAACUCCAGCCUUCGAAGGCACCAGAGAAUUCACGCCGGAGAGAAACCCUUUGCUUGCACUGAGUGUGGCAAGGCCUUCAUUCAGAGCUCACAUCUGAUUCACCAUCACAGAAUCCAUACUGGAGAAAGACCUUAUAAAUGUGAAGAGUGUGGUAAAGCCUUCAGUCAGAACUCAGCCCUUAUUCUGCACCAGAGAAUCCACACUGGAGAGAAACCCUAUGAGUGUAACGAGUGUGGGAAGACCUUCCGGGUUAGCUCACAGCUCAUCCAGCAUCAGAGAAUUCACACAGAGGAAAGAUACCACGAGUGCAGUGAGUGCGGCAAAGCCUUCAAGCACAGCUCCGGCCUCAUCAGACAUCAGAAAAUCCACACGGGAGAAAAGCCCUAUCUGUGUAAUGAAUGUGGGAAAGGCUUUGGUCAGAGCUCGGAGCUUAUCCGCCAUCAAAGAAUCCACACAGGGGACAAGCCCUAUGAGUGCAGUGAAUGCGGGAAAACGUUUGGCCAGAACUCAGAAAUUAUUAGACAUAUCAGAAUUCAUACCGGGGAGAAGCCCUAUGUGUGCAAAGAGUGUGGGAAGGCCUUCAGGGGUAACUCGGAGCUCCUGAGACACGAGAGGAUUCACACAGGGGAGAAACCCUAUGAGUGCUUUGAGUGUGGGAAGGCCUUCAGGCGGACCUCUCAUCUGAUUGUCCACCAGAGAAUCCACACUGGGGAGAAACCCCAUCAGUGUAAUGAGUGUGCAAGAACCUUCUGGGAUAAUUCUGAGCUGUUGCUUCACCAGAAGAUUCAUAUUGGAGAGAAACCUUAUGAGUGUAGCGAAUGCGAGAAGACGUUCAGCCAACACUCCCAGCUCACCAUCCACCAGAGAAUUCACACUGGAGAAAAGCCAUAUGAGUGUCAGGAGUGCCAGAAGACCUUCAGUCGGAGCUCCCACCUCCUCCGGCACCAGAGCGUUCACUGUAGCGAGUGAUCUGCAGGCCAGGAAGGUGGUGUGGGGAGGCUGGAGGCAGACUUCUCCAUUGCUCUGUACCGGGGCCCUAGGAUCAGAUGAAGGGACAGGGCCUGCCCCUGCCCGUCCACUGAGUGUGUGCCAGUCGUCGGCCGAAAGUGAUGAGGCAGUUUUAUGAACUAUUUAUUGAGAAGUUUCAGCAUACUAAAUUAAAUCAUAAAAGUUAUCUCCGGCUUUAA